GUGAAAAAGAAGCGUGUAAUCAGCAACACACUACACUCCUUUUUCUUUUGACUUCCACUCUUCUAUUUUUUUGCACUUCCUCACCACCAUGUUCCAAACGCGGUUAUGUAGGCAGUUUACUCUGCAGACAACGUCCAAGCCUCUUUAUGCUACUAUGAAAACAACGUCCAUACGAUUCUAUUCCACUCGAAACCCAUUAUUUGAAAAGAUCCUAAUCGCAAAUCGUGGUGAAAUCGCGUGUCGUGUAAUGCGAACUGCCAAAGAACUUGGCAUCAAGACAGUUGCAGUGUACAGUGAAGCCGAUGUUAACGCGCAACACGUCAAAAUGGCUGACGAGUCGUUUUUAAUCGGUCCACCCCCAUCGGCUCAAAGCUAUCUGAGCAUCGAUAAGAUAUUAAAUGUGGCUCGCAUGACAGGCGCACAGGCAAUCCAUCCCGGAUACGGUUUCUUGUCGGAAAAUGCAGAAUUCGCAGACCGCGUCAAGACCGAAAAGCUGGCAUUCAUUGGCCCGUCUGGCGACGCCAUGCGAUCCAUGGGUUCCAAGAGCGAAUCAAAAUACAUCAUGGAGGACGCCGGCGUACCUGUGGUUCCUGGAUACCACGGCGAAAACCAAGACGUCCAAUUUUUAAAGGAGCAAGCCGAAAAGAUCGGCUAUCCGGUAUUGAUCAAAGCCGUCAAGGGUGGCGGCGGUAAAGGCAUGCGUAUCGUGCGCUCCGCUAGCGAGUUUGAAGAAAUGCUAGAGUCGUCCAAACGCGAGUCGAUCAAGUCGUUUGGUGAUGACAAGGUUCUGGUUGAAAAGUAUCUGGAGCGUCCACGGCACGUCGAGGUGCAAGUGUUUGCGGAUAAGCAUGAUAACUGUGUCCACUUGUUUGAACGCGACUGCUCUGUUCAGCGCCGUCACCAAAAGGUCAUUGAGGAAGCUCCUGGUCCUGGAUUGACGGAAGAAAUCCGUGCUCAUUUGGGUGCAAAGGCUGUUGCGGCUGCGCGUGCUGUCGGCUAUGAAAAUGCUGGCACGGUCGAGUUCAUCAUGGACAACGUGGAUAAGCAGUUUUACUUUAUGGAGAUGAACACGCGUUUACAGGUCGAGCAUCCUGUGACUGAAAUGGUCACGAACACUGAUUUAGUCCACUGGCAGCUGGAGGUUGCUGCGGGUAACCGAUUGCCAAUGUUGCAAGAAGAAUUGAAAUUGCGUGGACACGCCUUUGAAGCUCGUAUUUAUGCUGAAAACCCCUCCAACCACUUUCUUCCCGACACUGGCACUUUGUUCAGCGUACGCACCCCACAGCCAUCAGCCGAUCUCCGUGUUGAAACGGGUUUCAUCGAAGGCGAUCAGAUAAGCGUGCAUUACGACCCCAUGAUUGCCAAGCUGGUCGUGCGUGGAGAGGAUAGAAACGAUGCACUCCGUCGUUUCAGAAGAGCUUUGGAACAAUAUCAGAUUGUGGGAUUGGAAACCAACAUUGGAUUCGUCAAGCGCGUCGCAGAGCACCCCGAGUUUAUCAAGGGUGAGGUGGAGACGGGAUUCAUACCAGACUAUGAGAAGGAUCUCUUGAAACCACCAGCUGCGCCUAGCGCAGAGACUUUGGCCACAGCUGCCAACGCCAUCCGACUAAGCGAAAUCGCUCAAACCCAAGCCAACGCCAAGGACCCUUAUAACCCUUGGUCUACUUUGCAUCAAACGUUCCGACUGAACAUGAGGGACACGCGCACCGUCACUUUUGUUGAUUCCAAGGACAGCGACAAGCAAUACAAGGUCGAGAUCACUACCCAAGACAAGGGCGAUGCUGUGGAUAUUAAGGUUGUGUCGGCGGAUGACGGCAGUGUCUUGAAGACAUACACGGAUGUGCAAGCACAAUACAACGAGCAAGGCGAGCUGGUCUCGAGCAUCGACAGCAAGCAGGUCAAGAGUAAUGUCGUGAUGGAUGGCGAUGAAGUGACGGUGUUUGACGAAUAUGGACGUACAGAGGUGCGACUUGCAACCCCACCUUACGUGAUUGCCAGUGCCAAGGGCGCUGACAGCACUGGAUCUAUCAAAACGCCGAUGCCAUGCAAGAUUUCUCAGGUGCUGGUAACACCAGGUCAGAAGAUUGAAAAGGGAACCACGCUGGUUGUUUUGGAAGCAAUGAAGAUGGAGCACGUUAUCAAGGCACCCAUGACGGGCACGAUCAGCGAAGUUUUGUACAGUGUCGGCGACCUGGUCGACGAGAACAAGAGUCUUGUCACCUUUGCCGACGAGUGAAUAGAAGGCGAUAUUAAUAAAGCAUAGUAAUGAUGACCACUUGUAGAAAAAGCUGCUAUCAUAUCGAACGUCGGAUGAAUCUAGUCUAUUUGGUAUUGUCACGAUAUCCUCC